AUGGGCGCAGAACAUAUUCAACCCACUGUCUCUUCUAUCGAAGUUGGCGGUGUCCCAGCAGAGGGCAAGGACGAUGCCUUGCUCCGUGAACUCGGCUAUGCUCCAGAACUCAGACGCAACUACUCGGUGAUCCAGGUAUUUGGUAUCGCCUUCAGUAUCAUGAGUUUGCUUCCUUCGAUUGCUUCCACCCUUGCCUUUUCUCUUCCGGCUGGUCCUGUUGGUAUGACUUGGGGUUGGAUCAUCCCAUCUUGUUUCAUUCUUACCAUUGGUCUUUCCAUGUCUGAAAUGGGUUCCGCUAUGCCUACUUCCGGUGGUCUUUACUGGUGGACUUUUAAGUUUUCUCCACCAUCUAUCCGCAAACCUGCUUGUUUCCUUGCUGGUUACGCAAACUCUCUCGGUCUUAUCGGCGGUCUUGUUUCUAUCGAUUAUGGAUUUUCCGCAUUGCUUCUUUCUAUCCCAGCCAUUGCAACUGAAGGUGCCUAUAGCCCUACAAAGUACCACACUUAUGGUGUUUUCGCUGCUUGUGUCAUCUCCCACGCUAUUGCAGGUGCCUUGGCUGCUAACAUGGUUUCCCGCUUGCAAACCGUCUGUAUCAUUACCAACAUUAUUAUCAUUGUCGUUACCAUCAUCGCCCUCCCCAUUGGCAGAGCCAACAACGGUGGAGUUAACUCAGGAAAGUGGGUCUUUACUCAUAUGGAAAACUUGUACACAUGGCCCAAGGGUUUCACCUUUAUGCUUGCCUGGCUUUCCCCCAUUUGGACCAUUGGUGCCUUCGACUCCUGUGUCCACAUGGCUGAAGAAGCUUCCAACGCUGCCGUCGCUGUUCCCUUUGGUAUCAUUGGCUCUAUCUCUGCUUGCGGUAUUCUUGGUUUCGUCAUUAACUCCAUCAUUGCUGCUUCUAUGAACCCUGAUGUUUCUGCUACUCUUGGCACCUACACUGGUCAACCCAUGGCUCAGAUUUACUACGACUGUCUCGGCAAGCACUGGACCAUUGGUAUGAUGGUUUGCAUGUUCAUUGUCCAAUGGUUUAUGGGCUUUUCCAUUGUUGUUGCUGGUUCCCGCCAGGUGUGGGCCUUUAGCCGUGAUGGUGCUCUCCCCUUUUCCAGCUGGCUCCGUGUUCUUAACAAGAAGCUCCAAGUUCCUCUCAGAUCUCUUUGGUUCAUGUGCUUCAUUGGUCUCAUCAUUGGCCUGCUGUCUCUUAUUGACUCUGCUGCCACUUCUGCUCUUUUCUCUCUUGCCGUUGCUUCUAACACUCUUGCUUGGAUCUUGCCCAUUGCCAUGCGUGUAUUUUUCACAGUUGAUACCUUUACUCCUGGUCCCUUUUACAUGGGGAAGAUUGGCUCCAAGGUUGUUGGCAGUAUUGCCACUCUUUAUGGUACUUUUGUCAUUGUGUGCCUUGCCAUGUUCCCCGAAGAGGGUCCAAACCCUACCAAGGAUACUAUGAACUACACAUGUGUUAUUAACGGCUUUGUUUGGUUCGGAGCUUUGGGAUACUACUUUAUUCAUGCCCACAAGUGGUUUACAGGUCCCAAGCACACCUUUGUUGAUGAUGCUGAAGUCCUUGAGGGUGUCAUGGAAGAAGAGGAAACUUCUGGCAAUGAGGCCAUUACUAAGAAGGAGGAUUAA